UUACUGGAACAAAAAUUUCAAAGCCGCAACCAACGCGCGAAAAAUAACGAAAAAGUAAAGAUUGUGUGUUGAUCAUAGUUUGUGUUAUUUUGCCAUUGAAUUGCUACUUGAACCGCAAAACUCUCAGUGCGUUCAAACCAACAGUCCACCAUGUCUACAUCGAUCGUAGGGAAGAUAGCGUCCGUGUCGUUGCAGAACUUUGUCACUUACGAUUCGGUGGUGCUGUACCCGGAGGAGUAUUUGAACAUAAUUCUUGGCCCAAACGGAACCGGCAAAUCAGCCAUUGUGGCCGGCAUCGUGCUCGGGAUGGGUGGCAACUGCAAGCUGCUCUCCAGAUGUGAUAACAUCGACAGCUACAUCAAGAACGGGAAGGACAGCGCCACGAUCCGGAUUUCGAUCUACCGCAACAACGAGCGAGCCGUCCGGUGGUUUAGCCGGUCGUUCGAUCACAGCGCCAAGAGCACGUUCGUGAUCGACAACCAAACCGUGUCCCAGCAGGCGUACCUGCAGCAGAUCCGCGCCUUCAACAUUCAGGUGGACAAUCUGUGUCAGUUUCUCCCGCAGGACCGGGUGCAGGACUUUACCAAGAUGAAUCCGCGCGAACUGCUGCUCAAUACGCAGUCGUCCGUGUGUACGCCCGAGGUGCAGCAAUGGUUCGAGGAGCUGAAGGAGAAGCGUUCGCUGCAGGAAAAGAGCACCAACCAGGGCGCGGAAGGUACUGCCCGGGUGCGCGAACUGGAAGCCCGGCUGGAGGCCCUGGAGGCACAGCUGCAGUCGAUGCGGGCACGCGAAGAGUUCCAGCAGCAGAUUCACGUGUGUAUGGCCCGGAAGGCUUGGUUAGAGUACGAGGAGCUGUUUUUGCUGUACUCGGCAACGCUGAAGGACCUAAAGCUGGCAAAGAAAUGCACCGAAGAGAAGGAACAGCAGUACAAUCAGUUUAAGCAGGAAAUGGAAGCAAUACUGGCCCGCAAGAAGGAGCUGGAAACGUCGAAAGCGAAACAGGUAGCGAUCGGCCAGCGCAGCACGGACGAAAUCAACAGUCUGGAGGAAAAGACGGAACGGCUGGAAGAUGCCAUCAGCAAGCAGAAGCGCGAGCUGAUGGACGCACUCGCCAAGGCAGACGAGCGCAAGACCGAGCUGGACGAGGCCAAGGUCAUGCUGGCCGCCUUCGUGCAGGACUGUGCCGAUUCGGCGACCGCGCUCGGGUCGGAGGACCAGGUGCGGCAGGAGAUUUCCGUGCUGGAUGGGAAGGAGGCCAAAAUUCGGGCCGAUAACGAUCUGCUGAUGGGGCGCCGGCAGGAGCUGAAUCAAAAGAUCGACACGGAGCUAAAACCGGAGAUGAUGAGCAUCGAGCGCAGCAUCGAAACGAUCGAAAACGUGGCCAACAACAAGCUGCGCAUCCUGCAGACACGCUUCGAGGGCACGUACAAGGCGGUGCUGUGGUUGCGCGAGCACAAGCACCUCUUCCAGGGGAAGAUCUACGAGCCGAUGAUACUGGAGCUGAAUGUGCCGGCGCUGGAGAAUGUGCAGUUUCUGGAGAAUACGAUCGGCGUGCGCGACCUGAUCGCGUUUACGUGCGAAAGCACGCAGGACAUGAAUCUGUUUCUGCGCAAAACGCGCGAAGAGCUGCGGAUCGACGGUGUGAACGCGAUCCAGAGCGAUCCGGCGGACAAGCUGCACUACACCGCCCGGCAUCCGAUCGGCAGUCUGAAGCGCUUCGGCUUCCACACCUACCUGAUCGAUAUGGUGCAGGGCCCGUACCCGGUGCUGAACGGGCUGUGCAAGCUGUACGGGCUCCACAACAUACCGGUCGGUGGGGCCGACUCGGCCAAGUACGUGUCCGCCCUGCCGGACGAGAUCGGGCUGUUCUUCACGCCGUCGCACCGCUUCCAGGUGUCGAAAUCGCGCUACACGGGCGAAAAAUCAACGCGCAGCGAUGCGCUGCGCACGCUGAACCUGCUGAACCGCUCGACGGACCACGCGCUGCUGGCGCAGAAGCGCCAGGAGCACCAGCGGCUCGUGCGCGAGUGUGACAAGAUCCGCAACCAGCGGGGCCAGAUCGAGAACAGCAUCAAGGAGCUGCAGGAGCGCUGCGCGGAGCUGCGCGAGCAGAAGCGCGACCUGCAGGAGCAGCUGUCCAAGUACCAGCAGACGAAGAUGAAGGUGAAGCGGCAGGAGCAAAAGUGUAAGGAGCUGACCGCCCGGCUGGUGAACGUGGACGAGGAGAAGGUCAAGUUUGAGCGGUCGUGCCACACCAUCAUCGAGCAGCUGCUAGACCAGCAGCGGCGGAAGGUGGCGGCGCUGGAGCGGUACGCAGCCGCCAGCCGGGAGCACGAUCUGCUCGAGCAGCGGAUACGCCUGUUCGAGGAGCGAAACAACGAUCGGGAGGCAAACUUUCGGCUGCUGGAGGACGCCUACCAGUCGGCUAAGAAGACGCUGGCCAACGUGGAGAAAAAGCUGGCCGAGGUGAAGGCAAAAUCGUCCGACAAAAACAGCACGGCGCGGGCACUGUGCGCAAACAAAACGCCGGACAAGCCGGACUUCCCGUACAGGAAAGAGUUUACCGAACUGCCCGACACGAUCGAGCUGGUCGAUGCGCAUCUGGAGGAGCUGCGCGUCCGGUUCGAGUGUCUACCGCAGGCGAACGAGUCGGUCGCCGACGAGUACGCCCAGAAGAAGCGUCAGCUGGAGCAGUUGCGGGCGGGCGUGGCCUGUUCCGAGCAGACGGUGGCCACUUUGGAGCAGCAGAUGGCGGAACUGCACGACCGCUGGUACCCCGAGAUACAGAGCGUGGUGCAGUGCAUUAACGCGAAGUUUUCCCAUUUCAUGAGCUCGAUGGGCUUCGCCGGGGAGGUGGAGCUGAUCCGGCAGGGAGAGCGCGAUUACGACGAGUACGGCAUCCGCAUCUACGUGAAGUAUCGCAACGAGGAGAAGCUUAGCGCGCUCGAUCGGAAGCUACAGUCCGGGGGGGAGCGUGCGGUGGCCAUCGCGAUCUACACCCUCUCGCUGCAGCACAUGACGCAGGUACCGUUCCGGUGUGUCGACGAGAUCAACCAGGGUAUGGAUCCGACGAACGAGCGGAAGGUGUUCAACAUGCUGGUGGAGGAAACGUGCCGCACCGGACAGUCGCAGUACUUUUUCGUCACGCCCAAGCUGCUGCCGCGGCUCAAGUGCAACGCCAAUAUGAACGUGAUCGUCGUGCACAAUGGGAAGUACAUCGCGAAUCCGGAUGUGUUCAUACCGGAUGUGAAGCCGUGACGGGGGUAACACUGUGCCGACAGAUUUUGGAUGUGUAGACACAAACCAACGUUUGCAAUGUAAGUAAGAACACGGACUAGGGUUACUUGAAAGCGUAAUUUUUCUUUCGUUUCCUUUAUGCUUUUUUUAGAACAAGUAGCAUUAUAAGGCGUCUAUUUCAGGUUCAAAUCUAGACAUAUAUAUUUAUAAUCACAUCUUUGUUCCAUAGUCAUUGUCUCGGACAAUCCAUCUAUUUGAGGAUAAAUGUUGGACGUUAGCGAUAUUACGCAGGAGUUUAGACACCUUUGUUACAUGACAGAUAAACAUUGUUAGAUCAUAACGCAAAGUUUUUAUAGUAAUGUAUAAUGUUCAGAAUCAGUAUCACAUCAAUUGAAUCCAGCCAUAUCAUUACCAUUACAAUGUUACUUAGUAUUAGCAUGUACUUCAUAGGUGCGACACGAUACGAUAUAUAAAUCGUUUUAAAUUCAAGUACAAUCCAAGCCUAACGAACAAAGUUUCACAAAUUAAACGAGCAAAUCCUUUGCGAUUCUGAAGCUGAAAAUACUUUCCGUGAUUUUGCAUGGUUACAUUACAUUCACCUUAGUAUAUUCGCCAAGCUCUAAAGCUAAGAAUGAACGGAAUAAGAAUCUAUCUGUUUAAA